AUGGCGCCGAUCCAGACAUUUAGCUCCAGCCCCAUCACCGCGGCCAAGGCGCCCGCGGCGACAGCCCAGCCCACGCCGACGACGAGCAGGGCUGCUGCGCCAGCCACGGCGGCCGCCCCGGCCUCUUCUGCCGCGAGCCUGUACGGACCGCCGUCAGCGCAGCCAGGAUCCAGGCCGUCCUACCCCUCGGCGACCUCAUCGGCCUCGACCCCACCGCGCGCUGCCCACCACCAACAGCAGCAGGCCACGCCGACCCAGCCACUUGCCAACAACGACAACAACAACAACAAUCCUCCCGCGCCACAGCCCGGCGCAGCGCCCACCCCCCCAGGCGCAUCGCUGCUGCCCGCAUCCGCAUCACUUUUUGCCUCGCGGCCGGCUGGCGCCGCUGGCAGCUCGCUGCUGCCUCGGCCACCCAAAAAAGGUGAAACACUAGGUCCCGCGCACACGGGCGUAGCGGCGCCGCCGCCGCCGCCGCCCACGUAUGGGGGAGGGACCUACAGCUUUGUGCCUACCACCACCACCAGCAUGCCAGCGCAGAUGGCCUAUCCUCCGCCGGCCACGUCGAUGUCCAUCAGAGGCACCUCGACCACCGCGACGACGGCUGCCACGUUUUCCUCGCCGUAUGCCUCAGGGCCCGUGCCGCUGCCCGUCGGCAACGCGCUCGCCGCCCCCGGCAUCAACCGCGCGACCGACAUGUCGCACCCGCCGGGCUACCAGCAAGACGCCCACGCGGCCGAGUUCUCCAGCGGUCAGCGCGCGGCCCACCAUGCAUAUGUCUCGCAGCACCAGGCCGCGUUUGGCCCUGGCAGCUUCGUGGGCGGCGCAGGAGAAGACGGUGCGGGCGAGGACGGCAUCUGGGGCACGGCCAAGAAAUGGGUGUCGGCUGCCGGGGACACCCUGGUAGCAGCCGAAGGGCAGGUCUGGAAGGUUGUGAACAACAAGGAUCAAACGUAG